AUGGACGAAGUGCGCCGACAGCUGGGCAAAACAUUUGUGGUUAUAACGGAGAAGAUGGGCCGUCUAGUGAUUACCCGAUACGGCACUGGCAACUCACUCUUUCUCAUCCCGCCCACUGCAAUCAUCAGGACCGGCUGCAUCUUCAUCCUAAGCAGUCAGUGGUUCGAAGUGUUCAUCACUAUCUGCAUCCUGGUCAAUGGCUUCUUCCUAGGAAUUGAGUUGAACAUAUACUUCAUGGAGUGCCUAUUCCAGUUUCUCUACACGUGUGAAAUGAUCAUGAACAUCAUUGCUCGUGGCUUCAUCAUCGGAAGGAAAUGCUACUUGCACGACAUCUGGAACAUUGUCGAUUUCGCAAUCAUAGUCUACAGUUAUGUGUACUUUGCGUAUGAGUUCUCGGACAGUUACUUUGGAGCAGUGAAUCUGCAGGCAUUCCGAGCCAUCCGCAUCAUCCGAGCCUUCAAAACACUCUCCACCGUUGAAGGACUUCGCAAGAUCAUCAACGCCCUGUUGAAAUCUAUUCGGAACCUGAUAGAAGUGCUGGCAGUAACUGGGUUCAUUGUAUUCGGCACAGCAGUGGUCACUAUCCAGCUCUUCGGGGGAGUGUUGCGCAAUAAGUGUGUCAAAGAGGGGUUCAAUGCGUCCAAUUACGGAAAAUGGACGACCACGCCCA